AUAAACCGGAGAGAGCAGAGAGAUGAGAUCCGCUCAGAGAGUGACUCUUAAGGAACUGAGAGUGAGACUUUAAGGGAAGUACCCUUUGCCUGUUUAUUGCCGCGGUACAGACAAGAGGGAAGGAUGACCUUGUGCAACGUGCGCCGUUCUGCAGUCUGCUGGAGAACGGAGGGCAAAGGUUUAAGGAAGCGUUAAGGAAAGGGGCCAGGGGGCUAACCGCCCGGCGCACCUACAGCGAGAGGGCUACCCGCUUCUGAGAGCGCUUCUCCCGCGCGCCGUGCCGCGUGUCAAGGGUUUGGUUGACCCGUUUCCUCGCCCCGUUUCGUAAAGAGCGCACUUCCUCCAUGGCAACGGCGAAGGAGGGAAGCGUGGAGAAGGAGCGACGGAAGAUAGAAGAGCGAGGGAAUGAGCGGGAAGAGGAGAAGGCGGUUGUCGCGUCCAAGGCUGGUCUCUCGGCUGCGAUGCCGGCCCUGCGGUGGAACGACCUCGGCUUCGCCGUCGGCCCUCGCCGCGCCGGCCCCUUCGCCGCCAUCUUGAAGCGGAACAGCUCCGCGGUCGUUUCCGAGCCGCUCCCGCGGAACUUCCUGGAGCUCCGCGACGAGCACCUGAGUGAGAGCUCGUUGUUCGAGGACCCGCUGUUCCCCGCCACCGACUCCGCCCAGUUCUCCUCCGGCGAGUUGCCCUUCACCUGCGAAUGGAAACGGCCACCUGACAUCUGCGAGAACCCCCAGUUCAUCGUGGGAGGAGCCAGCAGGACAGACAUCUGUCAGGGAGACCUGGGUGACUGUUGGCUCCUGGCCGCCAUUGCCUGCUUGACUCUGAAUGAGAAGCUGCUGUACAGAGUGGUGCCCCAGGAGCAGAGCUUCACGGAGAACUAUGCCGGCAUCUUUCACUUCCAGUUCUGGCGCUAUGGCGACUGGGUCGAUGUUGUCAUUGACGACCGCAUCCCCACGUUCAAUAACCAGCUGGUCUUCACCAAGUCAGCGGAGAGGAACGAGUUCUGGAGCGCCCUUCUGGAGAAGGCUUAUGCCAAGCUGCAUGGGUCCUACGAGGCCCUGAAGGGGGGCAACACCACCGAAGCCAUGGAGGACUUCACUGGUGGGGUGACGGAGUUCUAUGAAAUGAAGGAGGCCCCCAAGGAGCUGUACAAGAUCAUGCAGAAGGCCCUGGAGAGAGGGUCGCUCAUGGGCUGCUCCAUCGACUCCCUAGUUCCUGCACGGUUUGAGACCCGCACAGUAACAGGACUGGUGAAAGGCCACGCCUACUCUGUGACCGCGGUGGAUGAGUGUAAGCAGUCUCAGAGCAAGGAGACCAAGGUGCGCCUGGUGCGUCUGCGGAACCCGUGGGGCCAGGUGGAGUGGAACGGGCCCUGGAGCGACAACUCAAAGGAGUGGACGUCCCUCUCUAAAGCCGAGAAGGAGAAGCUCCAGCAUCAGAGUGCUGAAGACGGCGAGUUCUGGAUGUCUUUCGAGGACUUCAGGAAAAACUACACCAAGAUCGAGAUCUGCAACCUGACUCCCGACGCUCUGGAGGACGACAAGAUCCACAAGUGGACAGUGUCGGUGAACGAGGGCCGCUGGGUGCGAGGCUGCUCUGCCGGGGGCUGCAGGAACUACCCAGACACGUUCUGGACCAACCCGCAGUACCGCCUGCGUCUGCUGGAGGAGGACGACGACCCCGAGGACACCGAGGUGGCCUGCACCUUCGUGGUGGCCCUGAUGCAGAAGAACCGCCGGAAAGAGCGCAAGAUGGGGGCCAACCUGUUCACCAUCGGCUUCUCCAUCUACGAGGUGCCAAAAGAGAUGCACGGCAACAAGCAGCACAUGCAGAAGGAGUUCUUCCUGUUCAACUCGUCCAAGGCGCGGUGCAAGUCCUACAUCAACCUGCGGGAGGUGACGCAGCGCUUCCGCCUGAGCCCGGGGGAGUACGUCAUCAUCCCCUCCACCUACGAGCCCCACCAGGAGGGCGAGUUCAUCCUCAGGGUCUUCUCUGAGAAGCGCAACACCUCAGAGGAGAUAGAGAACAGGAUCGAGGCCGACCAUCCGGUGCCGGCCCCAGCCUCCGCGGGGGAGGAGAGCGAGGAGGAUAAGCAGUUCAGGACCAUCUUCCAGCAGAUCGCCGGGGACGAAAUGGAGAUCAGUGCCAACGAGCUCAAGAACGUCCUCAACAGAGUGGUCUCCAAACAUAAGGACCUGAACACAGAUGGCUUCAGCCUGGAGUGCUGCCGGAGCAUGAUCGCCCUCAUGGACACAGACGGGACGGGCCGGCUGAACCUGCAGGAGUUCCGACACCUGUGGAACAAGAUCAAACAGUGGCAGGGGGUCUUCAAGCACUACGACACUGAGCAGAAGGGCAGUAUCAACAGCUAUGAGAUGAGGAAUGCGGUCAACGACGCGGGCUUCCGUCUCAACAACCAGCUGUAUGACAUCAUCACCAUGCGCUACGCCAACGAGAACAUGAACAUCGACUUCGACAGCUUCAUCAGCUGCCUCGUGAGGCUGGAGGGCAUGUUCAGGGCUUUCCAGGCUUUUGAUCAGGAUGGAGAUGGCACAAUCAGGCUUAGUGUUCUGGAGUGGCUCCAGUUGACCAUGUACGCCUAAGCCAGGCCCUGCGACUGCAGGCGGCCUCGGCCCUGACCGCGAGACCAGCAUUCAACUUCACCUCACACCCCGUGCCAGCCUCCGUCUCACCACACAGCCCUCCGCCAGUCUCCACGCCGCCCCGCCGCCCGGCCCCAGUGUGAGGCCCGGCCCGGGCCCCUCCUCUCUCCGCCGUGUCGUGUACAUCCGCCAUCUUUCUGUGUACGAGGUCUCACAAGCGUUCUCCACACUCAUCCUGUCUGCUCCAUCAUCUCUACCAUCCCCCCCCCCGUUCCCCCCAUCCCCUUCUCCGCAAAUCUCCAUACUCUUCUCAGGUAAAACAAAACCCAAAUACACACACACACACACACACACACACACACAUACACACACAUCCUUCCUGUUAUUAUACAGCAUUGACUUCACCACCUCCACCCCCCCACCCCAUUAUGGAAAAACUGGGAAAGCUCCUCGUAUCAGACCCAAACCAACCCCACACCCCUUUCCACGAGUCCUGAUUUACACUCUCCCUCUCGUGGCUCAUGGACCAAAGGUUCAACUUCACACCACCACCACAGUGCAGCUUUCCCGUCUCCUCAGCUCCCCCUGCUGGACAAACAUGGGUAGGAACAGCACUUGUUUUUGGGUUCUGUUCAAUCCCACGCCACUCAGUGGAAUUAUCUAGAGGGUAUUCUGGUGUUCACUGCAGUUAUGACUGAAUGAGGGGGCACAUAAUGAACCAGUAGACUCAGCAGGCUUGCCUCUAC